ACCAAGCGGGGAUCGCCAGACACAGCCUCAGUUAGUCGUGAACCGCCCGAGUAGAACGUACCCAGCACAAUCAAUACCGCGAAUCGAUGACACUGAUUCGAUAGGAAUAACUAAUCCGCUCGAUAGUUGAAAUGAUCUGAAUCAUCGGCGAUAACGUUACGAAUUAAAAGAUAAAAAUUUCAUUCGUGAACAUUGAGAUGUGGUAUUACCAUGUGGAGGCCCACGAGUUACGACUUUGGUGAAUAGAAAUAUAAGAUUGUGAAUUUUAUGACAGAAAGCUUGGGAAUGACCACAAUGUGGAGUUUAGUGCUUCUUCUUCUCUGUGCAACAGGUAUCUCAGCCGGAAUCCUAGUUGAAGCCCAACCAAACAGUAUAAAUCUACCCCCAGGUAAUCAUGAAAACAACGAAAAAGAUUUCACCGGAGUACGUAGAUUUGCAUGCCCCGUUGGAUUCUUCAGACUCAAGAGAAAUUGUUAUUACCUGAGUGCUGGAAUUGCCCAAUGGAGGGAUGCUUACUUCCACUGUAAAGACAGAAACUCAACAUUGGCGGAACUCGAUAAGAAUGGAAAGGAUCGAAUACUCAGAAAGUAUCUCAUGGGCGAACAAUUCACCCGGCUCGAGAGGUGGAUCGGCGGGAUGUAUAAUUGGCAGCAAAUGGCCUGGCAUUGGGGUGUGAAGGGUGAAAAAAUAAUAUUCCAGAAUUUCGCUGGUGCAUUGAGUAAAAAUCCUGCGGAGUAUACAUGGCACUGCAUAGUUCUCGAUCCAUCAGUCAAGUACAAAUGGACACCGAGGAGUUGUCUCGACAAGAAGCACUACAUAUGUGAAGUUCCCGCUGGACGAAUAGGACGGAGGAGAAAGAAGACGAUUCCAACGGAGCUGGUACCCCAGAGCCAAAGAUUGAGACCGAAGAAGAAGGGGAAGAAGAGGAGGAAAGGAAAGAAUGACUUGAGGGCGCACAGGAGGGGACGAGUGGAAACUGCGUGGAACAAGGAUUGGGUGGCCACUGACAAUCAGGAGUGGGCACACGGGGUUAAACUCGGGUCAAGGCCGUUGGCUGAACCCAAACCAUCGCCGGAAAUGCGAACGAACAGGACUCGUCAUCGAAACAAUCGAAACAGGUGGCAUGAAAAACGGCCCCAAAUAACGCAGAUAGUACCGCAGGGACGCGAGUACGGAGCAUUUCUGGGCGAUGGCCCAGUUGGUGGACGCCCCAAGGCACUGUCAGACGAAAAAACCCUCUCCCACUAUCACGCGAAGAUCAACGAUUUGUCCCUGGAGGAAGUGCUGCUAAAAACUUGAGCAACCCCACGUCCCAUUGGGGAGGAAAAAUGCACUUAAAAAACUUCCAUCGUAAUUCUCUAUUCUCUCCUAGAUGAGUGUUCAAGAACUCUGUGUGCGAAGAUUAAAACCAACAGAAGAAUUUAUUACUUCGUUGCUCUCUUUCAAUGUAACUAUUUCUCCUGAGUGCGCGAUAUAUUUUUUAUUAUAAUUCUAGCUUUAACUGUAUUUUUGUAUUGCAAAUCCAAGUCUUAGAUUCUAAUUUUCAUUAAUUUUCAUGGAUUUCAUUAAUAUUAUCAUUCACCGAGAUAGUUUUAACGGUUUUUAGCUGAUUUGGAUGAGGAGAUGAGUGUGUUUUUGAUGAAAAAGUAUUGCAAUUUGUGGAUUGAAAUUUCAAGACUGGAAUAAUAACAUCGAUGACGGAUUUACGAUCACAUGUGGUGAAAGAUAAAUAUUUGCGAGCCAUCUAUCUUGAUUCUGUUGAAUAAUCGAGUAUCAUGAGACUUUAUUAUUCACUCCGCCCUCGGAAUGUCGUAAAUUCUUCGAGUGUCUGGGAAUAUCAAACAUAAAGAAUUUCAAACUAUGGAUUCUUUAAAGAACGGUGGAAUAUUUCCUUAUCAGCUGUAUUUUUUUAUUGCCAAUCCAAGUCCUGGAGUCUAAUUUUCAUUACUUUUAGAGAUUUUAUUAAUGCUAUUACUCGUCGAUAUAGUUUUUAGGGGUUUUUUAGUUGAUUUGAAUAAGGAGAUGAGUAUUUUCGAUGAAAAAUUAUUGCAGAGUGCAAUGUAACGAAUAUAGAGUUGACUAUAGGAAUAAUUCCACUGAAAAUUCAACGAAAUUCCAGAUUUUUGAGCAGCGAAGAAACUAGAAUUCCUCAAAUCACUUAAAUUUUCAGUAAAAACAAGAACAUUCUGUAUCAAAUUACACACAAUUUUCAAUUAAGACAUUUUGCAUACAAUUUUUAUUUUUUUAACCAUUCGUGGUUCAUAAAUAAAU